UCCUCUGUAUAAUAUAAACAAGACGAGUCCCCGUCUUUACGCAGAUGCCUCCGUGAAUCAACACACAGGACAAAUGCAACCGCAUUGCACUUAAUAAAGCCACGGCUCGAUGUGCAAAAAUGAAAAAAAAAAUUAUAUACGUAAAUGUCGUUGGGAGAUGCGCGCACAUCUCCACGGAGGUAUGAUAGACGUCUUUAGAGAUCACGUGCGUGUGUGUGACAGUUUUAUUAUCAUUGAGGAGAACCGGGAACAGAACCGCGCAGAUGCUGAUGGAGAGCGGGGUUCCUUUCUUCUUUCUUCAUUGUAGAUUUUAUUUUGGUCAGAUUCUUCCCUCGUUGCCGCUGUUUUCGGCAAAUGCCUGAAUUGAAAAGUCGUCGUAACAGUGCAGUAUUCCCCAACGGUAGGUUACACAUUUGCAGUCAGUGCGUCCAUGCGGAGCUCAAACGGGGAGGAUGCUGGUGUUGAUGGAGACAACCAGUUGCUCUCCAGCUGUCACAGUAAUAGUGGAGCCUCCCCUGUACGCACCGACGGACGAGCACAUUCGACCUGUUGCCUCGGCUGGAAAAUAGUAGAGCUGCGGCGUAAUUGGGGCCAAGACAACAGGGAAGUUGAUUUUUUCUGUUUAGAGGAGCGAGCGAAAACGAUGCCAUGAGGUGUAUCGAUGCAUUCCGCAUCAAUCUACGUUCUGAAUAGCAGAAAAAAGGGGCACGGAGUUGGCUUUGGGGGCUUCCACCUCCGCGGUUUGCGGUGAUAUUUGUCUCUGUCUCUGGGCUCUGAGGAGGACCAUGGUCGAACUGGAGAAGGAGGUGCUCCCGCUGCCCCCUCGGUACCGGUUCCGAGACCUGUUGCUCGGGGACUGGCAGACGGACGACAGGGUGCAAGUAGAGUUCUAUGUGAACGAGAACACUUUCAAGGAGCGCCUCAAGCUGUUCUUCAUCAAAAACCAAAGAUCCAGUCUGCGGGUGCGAAUGUUUAACUUUGCUCUCAAAGUCUUGAGCUGCCUCCUCUACAUUGUCAGAGUCCUCCUGGACAACCCGCAGGAGGAAAGACUGGACUGCACGAGUGGAGUGAACUGCACCAAACAGAACACGUCCGCGCGUCCCUGGAGCGAGUUUGACUGGAAGCUGAUCAUCUGGGUGGACAGGCCUCUGCCGCUGUGGGCUCUGCAGGUGCUUGUGGCUUUCAUCAGCUUUUCAGAAACCAUGUUGCUCGUGUAUCUAAGCUAUAAGGGCAACGUUUGGGAGCAGGUGCUGCGCGUCCCUUUCAUUUUGGAGAUGAUCAGCGCCAUCCCCUUCAUGAUCACUGUGAUUCUGCCCUCCUUAAGAAAUCUCUUCAUCCCUGUGUUCCUCAACUGCUGGCUGGCCAAACACGCUUUGGAGAACAUGAUAAAUGAUCUCCACAGGGCGAUCCAGCGGACGCACUCGGCCAUGUUCAACCAGGUGGUGAUUCUCAUCAGCACGCUGGUGUGUCUCAUGUUCACGUGCAUCUGCGGCAUCCAGCACCUGGAGCGCGCCGGCAACAACCUGACCCUGUUCGACUCGCUCUACUUCUGCGUGGUCACCUUCUCCACGGUGGGCUUCGGGGACGUCACCCCUCAGAUCUGGCCCUCGCAGCUCCUGGUGGUCAUCAUGAUCUUCGUGGCGCUCAUCGUGCUUCCCAUCCAGUUCGAGCAGCUGGCCUUUCUGUGGAUGGAGCGGCAGAAGUCCGGGGGGAACUACAGCCGCUACAGGGCCCAGACCGAGAAGCACGUGGUGCUGUGCGUCAGCUGCCUCAAGAUCGACCUCCUCAUGGACUUCCUCAACGAAUUCUUCGCUCACCCCCGACUGCAGGACUACUACGUGGUGAUCCUGUGCCCGGCUGAGAUGGAUGUCCAGGUCCGGAGGGUCCUCCACGUGCCCCUUUGGGCCCAGAGAGUCAUCUACCUGCAGGGCUCCGCCCUCAAAGACCAGGAUCUGAUGAGAGCCAAGAUGGACGACGCUGAGGCCUGCUUCAUCCUCAGUAACCGGUUUGAAGUGGACCGCAUAGCUGCUGACCACCAGACCAUCCUGCGAGCCUGGGCUGUGAAAGACUUCGCUCCAAAUUGCCCUCUGUACGUCCAAAUCCUCAAGCCGGAGAACAAGUUCCACGUCAAAUUCGCAGAUCAUGUGGUGUGUGAAGAGGAGUUUAAGUACGCCAUGCUGGCGUUAAACUGCGUGUGCCCCGGCACGUCCACACUCAUCACUCUAUUGAUCCACUCCUCCAGAGGACAAACGACACCCCAAGAGGCCUUCAAGCAGCGCGUAGGAGCCUUCCAAGCCCUCAACAGGGAGGGCGCCACGUGCUCGGCGGACCAGUGGCACCGGGCGUACCGCCGCUGCUCGGCCAACGAGGUGCACCACAUCCGCCUGGAGGAGAGCAAGUUCUUCGGGGAGUACCAGGGCAAGAGCUUCACCUUUGCCUCCUUUCACGCCCACAAAAAGUACGGCGUCUGCCUGAUCGGCGUGCGCAGGCUGGACACCACCAACAUCCUGCUGAACCCCGGCCCCUGCCACAUCAUGGGCGCCUCCGACACGUGCUUCUACAUCAAUAUUUCCAAAGAAGAGAACUCGGCCUUCGUCCGGGGCCAGAGGGAGCCGUCGUGGGGCAGCGCCGGGGGAAAUGCCAGAGUGCCUCAGACCAUCUACCACGGGCUCACGCGCCUGCCGGUCCACAGCAUCAUCGCCAGCAUGGGCACGGUGGCCAUCGACCUGCAGGACUCCAGCGACAGCAGCCCAGAAGGCCAGGACCCGGGGAGCACGGGGCUGGGCAGCGGAAGGGGAAGCCGGAGCAGCUCCAGGACCGAGAUGAGCGGCGCCAACACCCUGGCCCUGCCCGCCGUGGGCGACUCGGCGGAGGAGCGGCGGCACAGCAUCGCGCCCGUGCUGGAGCUGGUGGACGGCGUCAGCAGCCCCACCUUCGACCUGCUGGGGGACCAGUCGGAGGACGAGGGGGGCGAGGAGGGGAAGGAGGGCGACGACAGGGACGAGAGCGCCCAGUGGUGGGGCCAGCACUCGGAGUGGGUGAAGGGCUACCCGCUGAACUCGCCCUACAUCGGCAGCUCGCCCGCCCUGUGCCACCUCCUACAGGAGAAGAUGCCCUUCUGCUGCCUGCGCAUGGACAAGGCCUGUCACCACCUCCCCUUCGAGGACGCCCGCUCCUACGGCUUCAAGAACAAGCUGAUCAUCGUGUCCGCCGAGAGCGCCGGGAACGGCCUGUACAACUUCAUCGUGCCCCUGCGGGCGUACUACCGGCCCCGGAAGGAGCUCAACCCCAUCGUGCUGCUGCUGGAAAGCAUACCUGAAGCCGACUUCUUGGAGGCAAUCUGCUGGUUCCCCAUGGUGUUCUACACGGUGGGCUCCAUCGACAAUCUGGACAGUUUGCUCCGGUGCGGAGUGACGUUCGCCGACACCAUGGUGGUCGUCGACAAGGAGAGCUCCAUGAUCGCGGAGGAGGACUACAUGGCCGACGCCAAGACCAUCGUCAACGUCCAGACCCUCUUCAGGCUUUUCCCAGCUCUGAGUAUCAUCACAGAGCUCACACAUCCAGCCAACAUGCGCUUCAUGCAGUUCAAAGUGAAAGACCACUAUUCUCUGGCUCUGUCCAGGCUGGAAAAGAAGGAGAGGGAGAAGGGGUCCAACCUGGUGUUCAUGUUCCGCCUGCCCUUCGCUGCAGGGAAGGUGUUCAGCGUCAGCAUGCUGGACACUCUCCUCUACCAGUCGUUCGUGAAGGACUACAUGAUCUCCAUCACCAGGCUGCUGCUGGGCUUGGACUCCAUGCCUGGCUCGGGUUUCCUCUGCGCGAUGAGAAUCACAGAGGACGACCUGUGGAUCCGCACCUACGGCCGGCUCUACCAGAAGCUGUGCUCCUCCACGGGGGACAUCCCCAUAGGCAUCUACCGGACCGAGGCCCACAAGCUUCCAGUGUCUGAGGUCAGCUGCUGCUCAUCUCACCAGCGCCGGUGCUGGUCGUUGCUGCAGUGUGGUAACAGUGACCCGUGCGUGCGUCAGUCCCAGGUUUCCAUCACCGUGGAGGACUACGAGGACACCAGGGAACCCAGGGAGCCCCUGCUGUCACGCUCCGGCGCCCACCGCAACUCCACCUCCUCCGAGCCCAUCUCCACCUCCUCCCAUUCCUCGGACCACCCGCUGCUCAGGAGGAAGAGCAUGCAGUGGGCCCGGCGGCUGAGCAGGAAGGGGGGCCGCGGCUCCAGCGGCGCCAAGGGGGGUCCGGGGAGCGCGGCGGAGAGGAUCAGCCAGCAGAGGCUCACCCUGUUCAGGCGCUCGGAGAGGCAGGAACUCAACGCCCUGGUGCGGACCAGGAUGAAGCAUUUGGGCCUCUCUCCAACGGGAUUCAAUGGGAUGACGGACCAGGGGAACAGGCUGUCGUACAUCCUCAUCAACCCCUCUCCAGACAGCAGGCUGGAGCUGCACGACGUUGUGUACCUAAUCAGACCAGACCCGCUCUCUCUGGUACCCAAUCAGGGGAGCAGCAGGAAGUGCAGCGGCGGGCUCUCGGAAAGCCACAGGUUCGACACGCAGGACAGCACCCAUCUGUGAGGCAGCGGAACGCUAAGACAAAUAAACUGCCGCCGAGAGAGGAAGCGACAGCAGCAGCAUCGCACUCUUCAGAGGCAAACAGGAAUCAGGACCCGGUGUGACGGAGCGGCACGUGGCCCUGAUGCUUUCUCCGCACCGAGGCUCCGUGAAUCCAGAGCGGACGGACGUGCAUGGACCUUUUCUACAGCAUAACGAUGGGAAUGUUCUUAUUUAUGCACCUGCCUAUUUUCAAAGCAGAACGCUGCGGACACGGAAAUGCAUUUAAUGAAGCUAUUUAUAUCUGUGUAUGUGCAUGUUGUGUACUGCGUCGUGCGUGUGUGUGUGUGUGUGUGUGCGUGUGCGUGUGUGUGUGUGUGUGUGUGUGUGUGUGGGAGAGCAAGACACUGCCAACGUUCUGUGGACGGCCAAAGAAAAGCCAAGGGAUGUAUCUGUGUCCUUCUGAGCGUCGUUGUUUUCGUCGCGCCUCACGUUACGUAUUUAUAAGUGACCCUACUGUUUGCUCCCCCCACUUGGAUGUUAUCACCCAUAACAUAUGGGCGUGAUCAGCACUUAUCAGUCCGUUCCUAUGGGCUGAUAACCGCCGAUAAUGAACCGCUGAAUGGCGCGAUAACGUCCGAGCCGCUCGGUUUUUCUCCUCUGCAUUUAACCUGUCGCUUGAACCUUCAAAUGCACACACACUUGUUUCAUGCUCACCAGCAGCGGAGGAACCCAAAGAGCACCGGUUUCAGCCACAGAUAUCCACCGAUAAAGAGACCCCCCCCCUCUCUCUCUCUCUCUUUCUGUAGCUUGCUUUCGCCGGCAUGCAUGACUGUUGCAGGGAACAGACCAGAGAACAGCAACAUCUGUCAUCAUAUAUUUCUCUCCACUAUAUUAACCCUGCAAUAUCUCUCAUUUGUGGAGCUUAUGAUAGAGUGUUUACAGAGAGCGAGAGAGAGAGAGAGAGAGAGAGGGGUGCUGAUCCAUCUCUAGUGUGGAAGCUGUAUUAUAAGCUUUACAAAUAACUAUUGUAUUUAUUGCAAAUAUUUAUAAAUAUCCAUUUUAACAAAAAUUUAAUUAAUUUAUUUUUUAAAAAGCUUGAUUUGUUAAACAUUGUAUUUUCUGCAGGUGAGAUCAUUUGCUUUGUUUAGCAGCUAAGUUACGCUCCUUCCUUUACAUUCAUACACUUUGUUUUUCCAGGACUUGCAAGCUUCUGUAAAUCUAUUGCCAGAAGUUCUGAAUGUGCCCCUUUACGCAGACACGGUGCAGCCGUGUGGUGCCGUAGCUUCAGUGCCAUUAUAACACAAGAAAACCUGUAGAUGUUGAAGUCGGUCAUUACAACUCCUUAUUUCUCUAA